AUGGUGUCCUAUGGAGAGAGGCUGGGGGGCCCGGCUGUGUCCCCACACCCCAUCCGCGGGGGACACGUGAUGCGCGGGGCAGCCUUCGCCUACGUGCCCAGCCCGCAGGUCCUGCACAGGAUCCCAGGGACCUCUGCCUAUGCCUUCCCCAGCCUGGCCCCUGUGGCCCUGGCCGAGCACAGCUGCCCCUGCGGGGAAGCCCUGGAGCGCCAUGACCCGCUGCGUGCCAAGCUGGCCUUGGAGGAGGAGCCGCAGCCAG